CCCCCCCCGCAGCCAGGCGAGCCCCCCGCCGAGUGGCCCAUCACGUCCCCCAGGAGAUCCUCUCUGAUCCGGAGCUGCAGGACGCCGUGGGACGCCUCCCUCGCAACUACAACUUUGAGGUCUACAAAACGGUGUGGAGGAUCCGUCAGGCCCAGGCCAGGAGGGUCGCCCUGCAGAUGCCGGAGGGGCUCCUGAUGUUUGCUUGCACCCUGGCUGACAUCGUGGAGAGGUUCACUGGGGCAGAAGCCGUGGUGAUGGGCGACGUGACCUACGGGGCCUGCUGCGUGGACGACUUCACCGCACGCGCCUUGGGGGCGGACUUCCUCGUCCACUACGGCCACAGCUGCCUGAUUCCCAUCGACUCCACGCGGGGCCUGAAGAUGCUCUACGUGUUUGUGGACAUCAAGAUCGACACGGCCCACCUCAUCCAGACCCUCCGCUUCAACUUCCCGGCCGGGGCUAAGCUGGCGCUGGUUAGCACCGUCCAGUUCGUGUCUGCGCUGCAGGCUGCCUCCCGGGAACUCCAGCCCGACUACCACAUCUGGACCCCCCAGUGCAAGCCCCUCUCCCCAGGGGAGCUGCUGGGCUGCACGUCCCCCCGGCUGGCCCAGGAGACGGACGCCAUCGUCUACCUGGGAGACGGGCGUUUCCACCUGGAGUCCAUCAUGAUCGCCAACCCCGGUGUCCCUGCCUACAGGUACGACCCCUACAGCAAGGCCUUCUCCCAGGAGCUCUACGACCACCAGCGCAUGCAGGAGUCGCGCAAGGCAGCCAUCCGCCAAGCGGCCGGUGCCCGCAAGUGGGGCCUCAUCCUGGGCACCCUGGGGCGGCAGGGCUCUCCGGCCAUCCUGCAGCACCUGGAGUCGAGCCUGCAGGCGGCAGGGCGUCCCUACACCCGGCUCCUCCUCUCCGAGAUCUUCCCCAGCAAACUCCAGCUGUUUCCAGAUGUCGAGGCCUGGGUGCAGGUGGCGUGUCCCCGCCUCUCCAUCGACUGGGGGGCGGCCUUUGAGAAGCCGCUGCUGACGCCCUAUGAGGCUGCGGUGGCUCUGCAGCAGAUCCAAUGGCAGGAGAUCUACCCCAUGGACUUCUACGCUGGUCUGUCUCUGGGUCCGUGGACCGUGAACCACCCCAGCCACCAGCCCCAGAAGGGGGGCAGGACCAAAGAGGCGAACCUGGCCAGGUCCCUGUGCCCACCUGGGAAAGAAGACCCGAAGAGCUGCCCCUGCCAGCAGGAGACGGAGGAGGCGGCCCCGCCGGGAACUCCAACUGGUCCCAGGCAGCGUGUGGAGGAGCCGCAACAGCAAUAGGGGCCAACUUUGGGGUGAUUUCCCCCCUCCCGCCCCACCCUCCGGUGGGAAGAAGCACCGUCCUCGAACUCCGGAGAGGAGGGUGCUGCGUUCCAGUGCCAGCUCUUUGGGAGGCCUGGUUUUGCCUCCAGGCCUUCCUGUAACCACUGACUGUUGGGGUUCAGCAGCUGCAGAAUCAUAAGUGCCUUUGCUGGAGUGAUUAUUGGAAAAAACCGGGGCUUUGCCAGAGACGCUGGAACUGAAUAUUUCGGCUAAUAGCACUGUUGACUAAUAAGCACAGGCACCUGAAGCUGUGGGGCGAGGAAGGCCUGGCAGCCAUAAGCAGAUACGUCUUGGAGGUGGGGGAGAGAGUAGGGCCCCACAAUCAGAUGGUAUCUGGGAGUGCAAGAAGUCCUCAUAUCUGUGAUGCCAGUUGGGAGACAUCCUUGGUCAAAACGUUCCUGCCUUCUGCCCUGCGGUUUUAUGGCUCGGAGUGGUUAGAAGGCAGCAUUGCAGGCCAACUCUGUCCACAGCCAGGACUUCCAUCCAGAUAGGCUCAAGGUGGUGGAUUCAGCCUUCCAUCCUUCCAAGGUCAGUAAAAUGAGGACCCAGGUUGUUGGGGGGCCCAUACGGAUAAUGCUGACAUUGUAAGCUGCUCAGAGUGGGCUGUAAAGCACUGUGAAGUGGCACCUAAGCCAAAAUGUUAUCGCUAUUCUUGACAUGCCUGAAUAAGACUUGUCGUCAUUGCUAUC